UUUUCCCUCAAUCUGUAGGAUGGGGGUUAGUUGUUGGCGUUGGGUUUGCCUUUGCAGUGAUUAUGGUUACUACAACUUAUCUAUUAGAAAAAUUUCGUGGUGAAGUUCAAACUUCUGAAAUGUUAAUGACUGGUAAUCGCUCAAUGAAAACUGGGUUAAUUUCAGCAGCUGUUGUAUCGGGAUGGACUAUUGGGUCAACUUUAUUAUUGUCUUGUACGACUGCAUAUCAACUUGGUGUUAGUGGGAGCUAUUGGUAUGGUGCUGGUGCCUGUGUUCAAAUUAUUGUUUUCUCCGUUGCAGCUAUUGAAAUCAAAAGGAAAGCUCCAACUACUCAUACUUAUCAAGAAAUUGUCAGAGUUCGUUAUGGUAAAGCUACUCAUUUAUUAAGUUGUGCGUACUCUUUCUUUCAACAGAUUUGUUACUCAACAAACUUGUUAAUUAAUGGCUCUUCAAUUAUUGCAAACUUGACAGGUAUCAACAGAGAUGCAUCAAUUGUUAUUUUACCUUUCUUUGUUACUAUUUAUACAUUGUUUGGUGGUAUAAAGGCAACUUUUAUUUCAGAUUACGUUCACACUGUAAUCAUUUUCAUCAUUUUAUUAAUGUUCAUUUUUGUUACUUAUGCAACAAGUGAUAAAUUGGGGAGUCCAGGCGCACUGUAUGAUUUGUUAGUUAUUGCGGCCAAAGAAGAGCCUGUUGCUAAAAAUCAUGAAGGUUCUUAUCUUACAAUGACAUCUGUUAAUGGAGGAUUAUUUGGUUUGGUUCUUCUAGGUGCAGGUUUUGCAGCUGCUUCAGAUUCUCAAUUGAUGCAAAAAGCUCUUGCUGCAGAUCCGAAAUAUGUUUUGAAAGGAUAUAUAAUUGGUGGGUUAUCAUGGUUUGCCAUCCCAUUUGCAUUAGCUACAACUCUUGGUCUUGCAUGUCGUGGGUUAGAAAAUACAUCAUCUUUCCCGACUUAUCCAAACAAGUUAUCAACUCAACAGAUCAAUGAUGGGUUGGUGAUGCCAAUUGCGGCUUAUGCGUUGCUGGGUAAAAUAGGUGGCGGUGGUGUGUUGACUAUGAUUUUCAUGGCUUGUACAAGUGCUUAUAGCUCUGAAGUUGUUGCUGUCUCAAGUACCUUAUCUCAUGAUAUUUAUAAAGCUUACAUCAAUCCAAAAGCUUCUGGUAAGCAGUUGGUUUUGGCAAGCCAUAGUGGUGUUAUUGGAUUCUUUAUCGUUUGCAGUGCUUUAGCAAUUGGAUUAGCACAUGCUGGGUUUGAUGUUUCUUUUAUUACUACAGUAUCAGGUAUUGUUGUUAACGUGAAUAUAGUUCCAAUGGCUUGUACACUGUUUUGGAAACGUAUGUCAGCAUUUGCAUAUAUUGUCGGAACUGUUGUUUCAACUUGUGUUUCUUUAUCGAUAUGGAUAGGGUAUGCUGCUAGUCAAGCUGAUAAUGUGGUAAAUUUGACAACUUUGAGUACUUAUGAUGCAUUGGCUGCAGGUAACACACUCGCAGUUUUCUUUCCUGCCAUUUUUGUUCCCAUCUUGGUAUUGAUUAAACCUGCUAACUUUGAUUGGGAAAUUUGGAAAACAGAUAUCCAACAAGCUGAUGAUUCUGAGAUUAAUGAAGAACAUGGGUUGACCAAUAUUUUGAGUGGAGAAAGGUUAACAGAAAAAAUUGUUAGCGAAGAAAGAGAAAAGGACGGAUUUUUAAAGAGACAAAGAAAUAUUGGUUUCGCUUGUACUGCAUUCCUUAUAUUCUUCUUUCUGGUGAUUUUCCCUCUUCCAAUGUAUGGAAGUAAAUACAUUUUCACUAGAUGGUUUUUCACAGGUUGGGUCGUUGUUAUGUUUAUAUGGGCUUUUAUUGCAAGCUCUGUCAUCACUCUCUUGCCAAUAUGGGAUGGUAGA